UGUAAAAAAAGGUGAAAAAUGUGUGAUAGAUAAAUAAAUAAAUUAUUCUACCCUCUACUUUAGUUUUAUGGGCCAAAUUAUACCAAAAAAUGACCAAAAAGACAGGGUAGAUGGGUAGGGUAUUAUUGUUGUUUUUAAGUAAAUAUAUCGUUAAAGCUUCGAGAAAGGCUUUAAUAAAUACUCUAAAAAGUACUAGCAGUUGCCCAGUUUAAUUGACAAAUAAAUCAGAAAAAAUAAAGGUAGGCAGGAAUGAUCAAAAGGAGGAGGAGAGACGUUUACUCUCUCCUAUACGAAAAAUUAAUGGUUUGGUCUAAAAUUUAUUUUAAAAGGAAAAUACUUUCAAAUUGUAAAAAAGAUGAAGUGUUUUGUGCGCAAGAAGAUGUAAUAAAUAAUGGGAGCGAAGGGAGUGAGGUCACUUUGCGGGUCCAGCCGGGGGAGUAGGGCGAAGGGAACAAGGGGGGUUGGAAGGGGACCUGCGCAGCGAUGAACACAAAGCAAAAUGCAAAAAGCCGAUCAAUCGUGAUGACGCAGCGAUUGAAUAGAAAGGUAAAAAGGAGAAUAAGAUGAGAAUGUAAAUACUCUCAAGAAGAACAC